CUAUUGCACACAGAGCGCCGCCAUAUUGAAUUACCUAUUUAUGUAUGCGUGUCAAAGGUCAUAGGGGAAAAACAGCGUAAACAAUAUGGACGCCACUUGUUGAUGUUGAGAACUUUUGUUACCUUUUUCGAUAUUUUACUGGUUUUUUGAUACGUUUUUACACAUUCUGACUUGUACACAAACCCUCACACACAUAUAGACUCAUUUUUCCACACCAUGGACACAGAGGACAAGACUUUAACUUUAGAAGAUUUUUCACAUUGGAAAAUUCCUGCUCUGAGAAAUUAUUUAUCAUGUCGUUGAUUUUCGAUUGGCGGGAACAAACAAGAGAUGGUUGCGUUGGCAUCUCGGCACAUGUUAUGAAGAUUCCACCCCAGGAAACGUCUAUUGAAAAGCAAAUUGUUAAUUCAAAAUCUUACAAGGAAAUGUUACAGUUCGGCGACAUGAACCUUCCAGACCCACUUCAGUUAUAUGAAAACUGGCAAGAUGAAAAGUUUGGGAUGAAGAAUUGGCCAUCACUUUUUAUCACCGACUUAACAGCGUUUUUAAUGAGGUAUGAGACAGAAGAGAGGGCAAAGAAACAUUUAAACCAAUAUAAAGUUGGGAAGGCCUACCAGUACUUCCAGAGCCAGUGGCUGAAAGAAGUGUUUUACCACCCUAUUGACAGGACCAGCCCAUAUUGCUUCCUGCGUGCCACAUGUACCCCCUCAAAAAGCCUGCGUUCUGAACCUCAUACAGUGUGGGUUUGCUGUGUUAAAGACUCGGGGAAAGUCAAGUCUGCUUUCUGUACUUGUACAGCAGGGUUUGGACAAACAUGUAAUCAUGUUGCAGGAUUGCUAUUCCGGGUGGAAUAUGCCAACAAGAUGGGGUGCACUUCAUGUACAUCUAAUAAAUGUGAAUGGGUUGUACCAAAAGAGCGACCACUAAAGCCAGCCAUGCUGAAGGACAUGACAUUUGAGAGAGCUAAGCAUGGAAAAACCGGAAAAACGAGAACUCUAAAUGGAAGCAGGAAAAACUACAAUGCACUGCCAGAGGAUAAUGAAGAGGACAACUUUUUAGCAACCUUUUCAGAUGCAUUGAGAGAAAUCUUGCCUGAUGCCUGUUUAUUUAAAGGUCUAGAUGUUGAUCAACCUCACCAAGCCAAGGGGAAGGAACCACAUGCUUCCGGAGCAGAUAUGACUGUGGAGGAUUGCUCACAGAUCAACGUUCAACAGUACUUCAUGAAGUCUAUGUUGUCGUCAUUUGAACAAAAUGACACUAGCAUCAAGAUCCCUCCCUCUACCAUUACAUGUAUUAGUAACAGUACUAAAGGUCAAUCGUCUAAUAGUACAUGGCAUGAUAUGAGGAUUGGUCGUUUGACAUCCUCCUACUUUUAUUCUAUUCAUACCAAAGUUGGUUCAAUCAAUAAUAAACCCACUGUUGUCCAUGACGUUAAACCACUUGUUAAACAUAUUAUGGGUUAUACAAAAGUGAAUCCUAACAUAAAGUCUCUAAAAUAUGGUAGGGAAAUGGAACCAGUUGCAAAGGGUAUUUAUUUGAAAGAAUUUUGUACAGCACAUAAGAAUGCCAAAUCAGAUGAAUGUGGUAUUGUUCUUGAUUCUGUACACACUUACAUUGCAGCCAGUCCAGAUUUGUUAGUUUCAUGUUCAUGCUGUGGCGAUGGCUGUGUCGAAAUCAAGUGUCCAUUGAUAACGAAAUGUAGUUCAUGUUUGUCAUUUUGUACAUGCAAAAUACCAGUUUAUCUUAUUAACAAGUCAGGGGAAUUGUCGUUAAAGAGUAAUCACUCUUAUUUUGCUCAAAUUCAAGGACAGAUGCAUGUUACUGGAAGAAAGUGGUGCGAUUUUUUUGUUUAUACUUGUAAUGGUACUUUCACAGAGAACAUAGAGUACAAUGAAACCUAUUUUACAGAUAUUCUCAAAAGCCUUCAGUACUUUUUCUUUUCUUUUGUGUUGCCAGAGUUAAAAUCCUACAGUAUAGAAAAAUCACUAGUGGAGGAAGCAAUGGAAGUAGAUGAAAAUGCAAAUAUUAUUGAAGGAGAGACAUAUUUUUGUCCAUGUUGUAAUCGAGUCAUUGUUAACAAUGUCACUGCUUUAAAAGAUAGAAGUAUUUGUUGUGAUUUAUGUGGUCUUUGGUACCACUUUAAAUGUGUUAAUCUAACAGAUGCAAAACUUAAGAAAACACCAUCUUGGUACUGUAGUGAGUGUUCUAUGUGAAUACAGAAGUUAUAUAUACAUGUACUUUAGUAUAUAGCUGUUACGUGUAAAGGUAGUACAAAACACUCAUGGAAUACUUUAAUUCAUUUCUUAUUAAGUACACCAGAAAAGGUCAUUGUAUUUUCAAUUGUCAAGGAUUUUUGUAAGAAAAAUUAUAAACUGUGACAUAUUUUUGCCAUAUUUUGUAUAAAAUUAAAGACACUGGAUCAUAUAUAUCGGUCAUUUUGGAGCCUACAUUUUUGAUUGUGUUUAUGCAUAUUUAACUGUAAAUUUUCCAUUUCUGGACUAUGUAUGUUUUAUUUGUAAAUCACAUAUGUCUCAAAAACACUGGUACAUGUAUUAAAAUAUUUACUGAAUUUUAGUAACAAAAAGGUUGCCUUAUAAACAGUCACACAAGUUUGUAAUAGAUAAAUUGAUAAUUUUAAAAAGAAUACACUUUCUCAGGUCAAAUGUCUGAUGUCACAAUUUUUAUAUGGGUCUGAUAGGCCAUAUUUCAAACUGAAUUUGAAGAUUGUCAU